UGUGUGUGUGUGUGUGUGCGUGAGAGAGAGAGAGAGAGAGAGAGAGAGACUCACUGUAAAUUGCCAGUAUUUUUUAUAUGCGCUUUAUUUAUAUUCUCUCCUCUCCAUGUUUGUAUUCGGACACUCAGUGUUAUAAGUAAUGUUUGUUAAUCACAGUUCUGUUCCAUGGAAUGCUUUGGGAAUUCUCUACAUGUUUACGGUCACGCCAGUGAAGCUUACUGAACUGAACUGAGCUCAAGACCAGCAGCUGGAACUCCUCCUUUCCUUCUCUGGAUAUCAGUUGAAAGUGAAAGUCAGCAGGUCGUUUCGGGGAAACACAUCGCAGAUCAAGCUAAGUUCAUGCUAUAAAAACAUUUGACUUUUUGAUAUAAUGUCGGAGGAGUGUGAGAAACUCAGAAUCUCUGAAAUGAGUCUACAGGAGGAGCAGCACAAGAUACAAAGUGUAACUGUGGAAAGGUCAAACUCUCCUGAACCCAGCUGUGUGUCCUUGAAGAGUGACUGGUCAAUGACAGAGCCCAUCAAAUUUAAAGAUGGAACAGCCUCAACAAAAAGUGGAACUGUGGAAAGGUCAAAUUCUCCUGUAUCCAGCUGUGUGUCCUUUAAGAGUGACCAAUCACUGCCAAUUCCUCUCGACUUUAAAGGUGGAACAUCCUCUGUGGAAAGUGAAACUAAGGAAAGGCGUCUCUCACCUGUAUCCAGCUGUGUGUCCUAUAAGAGUGACCACUCAAUGUCGACUCCUCUCAGCUUUAAAGAUGGAACAUCCUCUGUGGAAAGAAACCAAAAACAGAAACCAAAAAUCGACUGCAGAAAUCAGAUGGAGUCCAUAUUCAAGGAGCUGGAGCACAAAGUCAUCACUCUGUUGAAGAAUGAGCUGAACAGGUUCAAGAAGCUACUGAGUGCUGAUUUCCCAGCAUGCUCUGAGGAGGAGGAGGAGGAGGAGGAUCUGCACUGUUUCAGAGAGGGUGUGCUGAAGAUCACACUGCACAUCCUGAAGAACAUGAAGCAGAAAGAUCUCGCUCACACACUGCAGAUCAAGCUGGCCUCUGUGUAUCAGCGAAAGCUCAAAUCCAGACUUCUAGAUAAAUGUAAAAGAAUUAAUGAAGGAAUCUCACAGCAUGGGACAUUAACACUUCUGAAUCAGAUCUACACAGAGCUCUACGUCACAGAGGGUGGGAGUGGAGACGUCAAUAAAGAACAUGAGGUGAGACAGAUUGAGACAGCGUCCAGGAGACCAGCAGCAGAGGAGACACCCAUCAAAUGUAAUGACCUCUUUAAAGACAAGUCCAUCAGAAGUGUGCUGACUAAAGGAGUAGCUGGAAUUGGAAAAACAGUCUCUGUGCAGAAGUUAAUUCUGGACUGGGCUGAAGGGAAAGCGAAUCAGGACGUCAUCUUCAUGUUUCCACUUCCCUUUAGAGAGCUGAAUUUGGUGACGCAGGGGACCUUCAGUCUGAUGAGCCUUCUUCAUCAGUUUUUCCCUGAAAUUAAGGACUUGGAAGUAAUAGACAGUGACACCUACAAAGUCCUGUUCAUCUUUGAUGGUCUGGAUGAGUGUCGACUUCCUCUAAAUUUCCAGAAGAAUGAGAUGUUGAGUGAUGUGACAGAGACAGUCUCAGUGGAUGUGCUGCUGACAAACCUCAUCAAGGGGAAUCUGCUUCCCUCUGCUCACCUCUGGAUAACCACUCGACCAGCAGCAGCCAAUCAGAUCCCUCCUGAGUGUGUAGCCCAGGUAACAGAGGUACGAGGGUUCAGUGAUCCUCAGAAAGAGGAGUACUUCAGGAAGAGGAUCAGUGAUCAGAGCCUGUCCAAUAAAAUCAUCACACACAUGAAGUCUUCAAGAAGCCUCUACAUCAUGUGCCACAUCCCAGUCUUCUGCUGGAUCUCAGCCACUGUUCUAGAGAGAAUGUUGGGUGAAGCAGAGAUUGGAGAGAUCCCCAAGACUCUGACUCAAAUGUUCACACACUUCCUGAUCUUUCAGAUCAAGCACAAGGACCAAAAGUACCAUCAGAAAUGUGACCUUGAUCUUCCCCAGGCCAGAGAGAGUAUCCUGGCACUGGGAAAACUGGCUUUCCAACAGCUGGAGAAAGGAAACCUGAUCUUCUAUGAGGAAGACCUGAGAGAGUGUGGCAUUGAUGUCCGAGAAGUGGCAGUGUACUCAGGAGUGUGUACCCAAAUCUUCAGAGCAGAGUCUGGACUCCACCUGGGGAAGAUGUUCAGCUUUGUGCAUCUGAGUGUUCAGGAGUUUUUGGCUGCAUUAUAUGCAUUUCUCUGCUUCCUUGACAAAAACCCAACAAAAGAACAAACCACUGAUCUUUCUGGUCUUCUCAACAUAUCAGAAAUGUCUGACUUCCUCAAGAGUGCAGUGGAUCAGGCCUUACAGAGUGACAACGGACACUUGGAUCUUUUCCUCCGCUUCCUUCUGGGCCUCUCAGUGGAGUCUAAUCAGGAGCUCAUUCGAGGUCUGCUGACACACAAAGGAAACAGCUCUGACUGUCAAAAGGACAUAGUUGAGUACAUCAAGUUCAAGUUUGAACACAAUCCAUCUCCAGAGAGAUCCAUCAAUCUGUUCUACUGUCUGAACGAGUUACAUGAUGAUUCACUAGUGAAAGAGAUCCAAAGCUACAUGAGCUCAGGACGUCUCUCUGAAGCUGAACUCUCACCUGCUCAGUGGUCUGCUCUGGUCUUUGUGUUGCUGACAUCAGAGGAGGAUCUGGAAGUGUUUGAGCUACAGAAGUUCAUAAAGUCAGAUGAAUGCUUUAAGAGACUGCUUCCAGUCGUCCGGGAAGCCACAAGAAUUCUGGUCAGCGAAUGUAACCUGACAGAGAGAAGCUGCUCGGCUUUACACACAGUUCUCAGCUCAGAAUCCUCCAAGCUGACUGAGGUGGAUCUGAGCAGUAAUCCUCUGGAGGACUCAGGAGUGAAGCUGCUUUGUGCUGGACUGAAGAGUCCAAACUGUAAGCUGGAGAAACUGAGACUUUCAGACUGCAGUAUAACAGAGGAAGGAUACGCUGCUCUGGCUGAAGCUCUGAAAUCAUCACACCUGAUAGAGCUGGAUCUCAGAGGGAACGACCCUGGAGCAUCAGGAGUGAAACUGCUCACUGAUGUACUACAGGAUCCACACUGUACACUGGAGACACUGAGUCUGUUGAAAAGUGAGGCAGAGGAAGCCUGUGCUUCUUUAACUGAAGUUCUGGGUCCAAACCCUUUACUGCAGAGAGAACUGGAUCUGAGUGGGAAAAUAUCUGGAGACUCAGGAGUGAAGCAGCUCUCUGCUCUACUGAAGGAUCCACACUGCAGACCUGAGAGACUCAGGCUGAGUAAGAGUGGUAUUACAGAGAGAGGCUGUACUGAUCUGAUAUCAGCUCUUACUGCAAACCCUUCACACCUGACAGAGCUGGACCUGAGUGAGAACACACUGGGAAAUCCAGGAGUGGAGAAGAUCUCUACUCUACUAAAGAGUUCAUCCUGCAAACUCCAGAAACUUGUACUUUCAGACUGUAAUAUAACAGAGAAAGGAUACACUGCUCUGGCUAAAGCUCUGAAGUCAAACCCAUCAUCACACCUGAUAAACCUGGACCUCAGAGGGAACGACCCUGGAGCAUCAGGAAUGACGGAGAUUAGAAGUUUGAUGAAUGAUACAAAAUGUAAAAUGACACUGAGGUUGCUGAAAAGGCCUGAUGCACAGAAAGCUUAUGAUUAUCUGAGUGAAGUUCUGGGUAUAAACCCGAUACUGCAGACGGAUCUGGAUCUGAGUGGGAAAAUAGAAGGAGACUCAGGAGUAGAGCAACUCUCUGCUUUACUGAAGGAUCUUCUGAAGGAUCCACACUGCAGACCUGAAAAACUUCAGCUCAGUGAGUGUAAUCUGACAGAGAAAGGAUGUUCAGCUCCGCUCACAGCUCUCAGAUCAGAAUCCUCCACCCUGAUUGAGCUGAAUCUGAGUAAGAACAGGAUUCAGGAUUCAGGAGUGAAGCUGCUCUCUGCAGUACUGAAGAAUAAAGACUGUAAACUGGAGACUGUGAGGCUCAGCGAAUGUAACCUGACAGAGAGAAGCUGCUCGGCUUUACAAACAGUUCUCAGCUCAGAAUCCUCCAAGCUGACUGAGGUGGAUCUGAGCAGUAAUCCUCUGGAGGACUCAGGAGUGAAGCUGCUUUGUGCUGGACUGAAGAGUCCAAACUGUAACCUGGAGAAACUGAGACUUUCAGACUGCAGUAUAACAGAGGAAGGAUAUGCUGCUCUGGCUGAAGCUCUGAAAUCAUCACACCUGAUAGAGCUGGAUCUCAGAGGGAACGACCCUGGAGCAUCAGGAGUGAAGCUGCUCACUGAUGUACUACUGGAUCCACACUGUACACUGGAGACACUGAGGCUGCUGAAAAGUGCUGAUGCAGAGAAGGCCUGUGAUUUUCUGACUGAGGUUCUGGGUAAAAACCCCUUACUGCAGAGAGAACUGGAUCGGAGUGGAAAAAUAAAAGGAGAUUCAGGAGUGAAGCAGCUCUCUGUUCUACUGGAGGAUUCACACUGCAGACCUGAGAAACUCAUGCUAAAGGGCUGUGAUGUUACAGAAGAAGGCUGUUCUGCUUUGACUUCAUCUUUUCAUUCAAAUCCUGCACACAUAAGAGAGAUGGAUCUGAGUGAGAAUAAAUGUGGAAACUCUGGAGUGCAGAAGCUUUGUGCACUGCUACAACAUCAGCCCUGUAACCUGCAGAUAUUGAGACUUUCAGACUGCAGUAUAACAGAGGAAGGAUACGCUGCUCUGGCUGAAGCUCUGAAAUCAUCACACCUGAUAGAGCUGGAUCUCAGAGGGAAUGACCCUGGAGCAUCAGGAGUGAAGCUGCUCACUGAUGUACUACUGGAUCCACACUAUACCCUGGAGACACUGAGGUUGUUGAAAAGUGCUGAUGCAGAGGAAGCCUACAAGUGUCUUACUGACAUUUUCAGAAGAAACAGCUUACUGCACACGGAGCUGGAUCUGAACAACAACACACCUGAACACGUCAAAGUGAAGCAUCUCUCGGCUCUUCUGCAGGAUCCACAUUACAGACUGCAGAAACUUACAUUAUGGAACAGUGUAAAUGAGAAAUCCUGCACUGAUUUGGCUUCAGCUCUCUGUACAAAUCCAUCACACAUCAGAGUGCUGGAUCUGAGUGGGUGUGAACUAGGAGACUCAGGAGUGAAGAAGCUCUGUGAUCUACUGAAGAAACACGAGUGUAAACUGGAGACACUGCUAUUAUGGAAGAGUGUAAAUGAGAAAUCCUGCACUGAUUUGGCUUCAGCUCUCUGUACAAAUCCAUCACACAUCAGAGAGCUGGAUCUGAGUUGGUGUAGACUAGGAGACUCAGGAGUGAGGAAGCUCUGUGAUCUACUGAAGAAACACGAGUGUAAACUGGAGAAACUGCAAUUAUGUAACAGUUUAAGUGGGAAAUCCUGCACUGAUUUGGUUUCAGCUCUCUGUACAAAUCCAUCACACAUCAGAGAGCUGGAUCUGAGUGGGUGUGAAGUAGGAGACUCAGGAGUGGAGAAGCUCUGUGAUCUACUGGAGAAACACGAGUGUAAACUGGAGACACUGCUGUUAUAUGACUGCAGAGUAACAGAUAGAGACUGUGCUGCUCUGACUGCAGCUCUGAAGUUAAACUCCUCACAUCUGAAAGAUCUGGAUCUGAGAUGUAAUAAACUGGGAAAUUCAGUCACACAAUUCGAGGAGUUACUGAAGCAUUCAGGAGGACAGAUACGAUAUAAUUAAUCCACAUGAGUGAAACGGUUCUUCACAAUAGUACUAGACGCACCAGAGAGGAAGCAGCGUGUACAGUAAUGUAAGAAGCAGCGUGGAUUAGGGCUGCACAGUUAAUCGAAUAUUGAUCUCGAUUACGAUUUUGACGGCCCACGAUUACAUGAACAUGAUCGACUGCAAUAUUGAUGAUUAAAGUUCAUCCUCCGCUGAUAGAAAACGCCACUGCAGAUCAAAUGAAGCAUUUCUUAAACUUACAGCAAGUCACCAUAGAGCAGCGCACAGAUGACGGCAUUUUGUAAUUCCAAAAUCCAGAAACGAGUUUCCAGAAGCUGCGAGCUUUGCUUGCACGAGGGGAAAUCAUGACAUUAACAGGUGGCUAAAUGGCACUACAGAGGUUGUCGGGGACUUUAAACAUCACGCCGAACAGGAAAAAACUUUGCAGAUAAGUAGUUAUAUCAUACACUUUGUCAAACUGUCAAUCAAAGUAGUGUGUUUGAUAAUUUAUGACCCUCUGUGCUUCCCUGACUGGCAGGUCUGUAGGGGUGGUGAGGGGGGUAACCCUAUGGAGUGUAUCAGCUGGUCAAUCUGGCUCCUUUGUGUCUGGGGGUGUUGUGCAGAGGUGUGUGUGGGGUGAAAUACGUCUGAAAAGAAAUAAUGUUUUUAAUAUGGGGAUGUGUUUGUGUUACUGUGUGGCGUUAUUUCGUUUGUGUAAACACACUGUUAGAAAAGCAUGAUGUUUGAAUGUGUACAGAUAUGAGUAGAAUAUUUGUUUUGUGAAAUAAAUGAAAACAAUUUUGAUUACGUUUUUAGGGUUCCCGGUUUACCUUUGAAUAAAAAGUUUAGGAGGUAAA